GUCUGCGCCGGCGGCUACCGAUAAAGUUGUUGUUCUGCCAACAUGGCGGCGCCCAUAGUGACUGUCCGGGCCGCGUUGCCAUAAAAGUGGAAACAGAAGCGUGAGAGCCGCAGGCCAGAGCCUGUGAGCAGGAUCUUCCCACCUUCUGCAGGAUGGCUUCUGCUUGGCGGAGACUGGGCUUUUAUGUCUCUUUUCUGAAAAGCCAGCAAGAUGGCGGGCCAGGGAUCAUCAGCAGGGGAAGGAGAGUGAUUCCGGGAUGGGCCAGAGAUAUUUACAGUGCCACGGGAGAAUGGACGAAAGAGUACACACUGCAGACAAGAAAGGAGGUCGAGAAAUGGUGGCAUCACCGAAUAAAAGAACAGGCCUCCAAAAUUUCAGAAGCCGAUAAAUCAAAGCCCAAGUUUUACGUACUGUCCAUGUUCCCUUAUCCUUCUGGCAAGUUGCACAUGGGCCACGUACGUGUGUAUACCAUCAGCGACACCAUUGCACGGUUCCAGAAGAUGAGAGGGAUGCAGGUCAUCAACCCCAUGGGAUGGGAUGCCUUUGGACUGCCUGCUGAAAAUGCAGCGAUUGAGAGGAAUCUACAUCCAGAAAGUUGGACGCAAAGUAAUAUUGAACACAUGAGGAAGCAGCUUGAUCGACUGGGCCUGUGUUUCAGCUGGGAUAGGGAAAUAACUACAUGUUUACCAGAUUAUUACAAAUGGACUCAGUACCUCUUUAUUAAGCUCUAUGAAGCUGGGCUUGCCUAUCAAAAGGAGGCCUUGGUUAACUGGGACCCAGUGGAUCAAACGGUGCUUGCCAAUGAGCAGGUGGAUGAACAUGGCUGUUCAUGGCGUUCUGGAGCAAAGGUGGAGCAGAAGUACCUCCGACAGUGGUUUAUCAAGACAACUGCUUAUGCAAAGGCCAUGCAGGAAGCGCUGGUGGACCUUCCCGAGUGGUAUGGAAUAAAAGGCAUGCAGGCCCACUGGAUCGGAGACUGUGUGGGCUGCCAUCUGGACUUCACAUUGAAGGUGGAUGGUCAAGUCACAGGAGAAAAGCUGACCGCCUACACAGCCACCCCCGAGGCCAUUUACGGCACCUCCCACGUGGCCAUCUCUCCCAGCCACAGACUCUUACAUGGGCACAGCUCUCUGAAGGAAACCUUUCGGAAGGCACUCGUUCCUGGCAAAGAUUGCCUCACGCCGGUGACGGCUGUGAACAUGCUCACCCAGCAGGAGGUCCCUGUCGUUAUCUUGGCUAAAGCUGACUUGGAGGGCUCUCUGGAUUCCAAAAUAGGAAUUCCGAGCACCAGUCCAGAGGACAGCACCUUAGCCCAGACCCUGGACCUCCCCUACUCCGAAGUCAUUGAAACUUUGCCGGAUGGCACAGAGAGAAUGAGCAGCUCUGCCGAGUUCACAGGCAUGAGCCGGCAGGAUGCGUUUCUAGCCUUGACUCAGCAAGCCCGGAGGAAGAGGGUAGGUGGAGACGUGACGAGCCACAAACUGAAGGACUGGCUGAUCUCGCGACAGCGGUACUGGGGCACGCCCAUCCCCAUGGUCCACUGCCCGGCCUGCGGCCCGGUGGCCGUGCCUCUGCAGGAUUUGCCCGUGACCUUGCCCCACAUCCCAUCUUUCACCGGCAAAGGAGGCUCCCCACUGGCCACGGCUUCGGAGUGGGUGAACUGCACCUGCCCCAGGUGCAAGGGAGCUGCCAAGAGAGAGACGGACACGAUGGAUACCUUUGUCGAUUCUGCUUGGUACUACUUUAGAUAUACCGACCCGUGGAAUACUCAGACCCCUUUUAAUGCAGCGUUGGCAGAUUACUGGAUGCCUGUGGAUUUGUACAUCGGAGGGAAGGAACACGCCGUCAUGCAUUUGUUCUACGCGAGAUUCUUUAGUCAUUUCUGCCAUGAUCAAAACAUGGUCAAACACAGAGAGCCUUUCCAUAAGCUGCUGGCCCAAGGCCUUAUCAAGGGGCAGACAUUCCGCCGACCAUCAGGACAGUAUCUCCAGAGAGAGGAAGUAGAUCUCACAGGUGCUGUUCCUGUUCAUGCAAAAACGAAGGAGAGGUUGGAGGUGACGUGGGAGAAGAUGAGCAAGUCCAAACACAACGGGGUGGACCCCGAGGAGGUCAUCGAGCAGUACGGCAUCGACACCAUCCGGCUCUACCUCCUUUUCGCCGCCCCUCCUGAGAAGGACAUCUUGUGGGAUGUGAAGACCGAUGCCCUUCCUGGGGUGCUGAGGUGGCAACAACGUCUGUGGGCCUUGGUGACCCGCUUCAUCGAGGCCAGGGCUCCCGGGAUGGCUCCCCAGCCCCAGCUGCUGAGUGACGAGGAGAGAGCCGAGAGCAAGAAGCUCUGGGAGUACAAGAACUCGGUCAUCUCUGAGGUGACUGCCCGUUUCACAGAGGACUUCUCACUGAAUUCUGUAAUUUCUCAGCUGAUGGGACUCAGCAGUGCCCUCCUGCAAGCUUCUCAGAGAGUGGUCCUCCACAGCCCCGAGUUUGAGGACGCGCUAUGUGCCCUGACGGUGAUGGCCUCCCCGAUGGCCCCUCACAUCACCUCGGAGCUCUGGGCAGGCCUGGCGCAGGUGCCCGGGAAGCUGUGUGCCCACUACGCCUGGGACGCCGAUGUGUUGCUUCAGGCGUGGCCGGCCGUGGACCCGCAGUUCCUCCAGCAGCCCGACGCGGUGGAGAUGGCCGUCCUGAUCAACAACAAAGCCUGCGGCAAGAUCCCCGUGCCCCAGGGAGUCGCGCGGGACCAGGACAAAGUCCAUGAGCUCGUCCUCCAAAGCGAGCUGGGUGUCCAGCUCUUGCAGGGGCGAAGCAUCAAGAAGGCUUUCCUGUCCCCCAGAACGGCCCUCAUCAACUUUCUGGUGCAGGACUGACUACAGGGGGUGCCCCUGAGGAAGGAGGAGUGUGCUGGCCCAGGGCAGGGAAGAGACCAACGUCUUGAAUGUUUACCUUCAUGCUCAGUUGGGUGGGCUUGGGCAGUGCGGUGGGGCCCGGCGCAGGGGUGAGGGUGGGUGUGGGCAGCUGCUGCAGGUGGAGGAAGCCAACUGAGGCGUGUGAAGCCACCAGAGGAACUGCUGGGUGUCCCCUGGGUGUCUGCAGGAAGGCGAGAAGAGAAGCAAGUGAGAAUGAGUGGCGCGCCUCUCGAGCAGCCUGGGAGCUCUGACUCCUAGAAAUCGUACACCCAGGAACAUGAGGGUAAACUGAGGACCCACACACCGCACAGGAGCAGCGUGGACAGCCAGUGUUGGACGGGUGACAGCCUGGGCAUCGUGGCAGGUGGUCUCCUCGCUUUCACGCUGGACGGAGGAGCCAUGUGGGUCAUGUCCAAAUAUCCAGUAUAUGGCGUGGCCACUGCGGUCUGCAGAAGCUGCUCCGAACCCGAAGGCAGGCGGGGCCUGUCCCUCCGCAGUUGUCCCCACUGCAGGCCUGCACGGAUGCUGACACGGGGGCUCUUCCUAACCACUCCCUCGGGGUGUCAGUGUGCUGUGUAGUGAAGCAGAACCACGCUGGUUCUGAGCUCAGCUGGAACCAGUCCCUUCCAGGGCGCACCGCAGCCCCGCGGGGAGGCUGCUCAGGUGGGCCCCAGAUGGCCCCGCCGUGGGUGUGGCCCCAGAGCCAGGCAUUCGCUUGAGCAAGCUCCCCGCGGCCGAGGGGGCUGGUGCCACCGGGCGCUGCCUCCGUGUUCAGGCCACCGCCGCCUGGCUGCCCAGGAGGGGUCAGGAUCGGACCCCCGUUGUCGGUGCAUUAGGGUAAUGUGGUUUUCUGUGAAGUCAGCAAUUAGGUGCUCUUCCCAGAACUGGCCUGAGCCACUGAUUAAUACUUAAUGGGGCAGUGGAGGAGAAUUUAGCCAUUCUGUGCUACUGAAAGGCUAUGUGUUCUGAUGCUGUUUUUCUGAAGUAGCUUCAGAUGUGUCUAUAGUCGAGCAGCUAACAGAUGACUUUUUUUAAAUGCAAUAAAAUAUGUGUCAUGUGUGAUCUUGGAA